CUCCCGGGCAGCCAAUGAAGGCGGCUUAGGGUGGCGGCAGGGAGGGGGAAUCCUGCUGCCUUUGCUGCUGCCCAGGAGCUCGCUCGCCAACUGCUCACUCCGUCUCUGGUCCUCCGGCAGCCCGGUUGUUGCGGGAGGGAACGCCGCCGUCGCCGGGAUCAUGCGUUAAGGCGCACGGCCGGGCACUGCGGCCGCGCAGGGAAAAUGAACUACCUGAACGUGUUGGCCAAGGCCCUCUACGACAAUGUGGCCGAGUCCCCGGACGAGCUCUCCUUCCGCAAGGGCGACAUCAUGACGGUGCUGGAGCGCAACACACAAGGCCUGGAUGGCUGGUGGCUCUGUUCGCUGCAUGGGCGGCAGGGCAUCGUCCCCGGCAACCGCCUCAAAAUCCUGGUGGGCAUGUACGACAAGAAGCAGCUGCCCGGCCCUGUCCAAGGGCAGCCUCACCCCUCACAACAGCCACAGCCUCCACCGCAGCCGGCGGAGCCGACAACCCUGGCUUAUCCUCACCAAGGGGGCUACACGCCACUGUCUCCCGCAUCUCAGUACACCCCUAUGCACCCCUCCUUCCUGCCCCAAGAGGACAAUGUCUACCUGGUGCCAGCACCCAGCAAGGCCCAGGCGGCCCUCCACCAGGCCAUGAUGCCCUCAGGCCAGUUCCAGUCUCCUCCGGGCAAGCAGGCCCCCGUCUACCCGAAACAGAGCCCCUCUCAAGGUCAGGACGUGUACCAGGUUCCAGCUGGAUCUGCCAGCCCACCCCAGGACAUUUACCAGGUCCCACCCGCUCCCACUGGGCUGGGCCAGGACAUCUACCAGGUGCCUCCUUCUCUGGAUGGGCGGGGCUGGGAAGCACCGAAGACCCAAGGAAAGGUGGUGCUCCCCACACGUGUGGGGCAGGUCUAUGUCUACGAUUCCCCCAAAGGAGAGCAGGAUGAGUAUGAUUUUCCCCGCCACCUCCAGGAAAUCUAUGACGUACCCCCAACGCGGGGCCUGCUGGUGAACCAGGGCAGCCAGGAGGUUUAUGACACCCCCACCAUGGCAAUAAAGGGCCCUAACAGCAGGGAUUUGGCUCAUGCCCAGGAGAUUUAUGAUGUGCCCCCCAGUGUGGAGAAAGGCCUGCAGGUGGUGUACGACAUCCCCCCGUCGGUGAGCAACGACGUCUCAGACGGCCCGACACGGGAGGAGACCUACGACGUGCCCCCUGCCUUCUCCAAGGCCAAACCCUUUGAUCCGUCGCGUCAUCCGCUCAUCCUGGCUCAGCCUCUGGUGCCGGCGGCAGAGCCUUACUUGCCGGAAGACGUCUACGACGUGCCACCGGCAGCCAGCAAAGGUGUGCCCAAGGCUCAGGAGAUCUAUGUCGUGCCACCCGGCCUGAGAAAGCUUGCAAGCCAGGAGGUGUACGACGUGCCACGAGAGCUGCCUGUCGGCAGCAAAGGCGGGGAAGGCGACUACAUCUAUGACGUGCUGCCCCAGGUGGACCGGGAAGGCAAGGCAAGCGACGGCAAGCGCCUCUCGGCCUCCAGCACGGGCAGCACCCGCAGCAACCUCUCCAGUUCCUCUCUGGACACGGUGCCCGUCAAGGAGGCCCCAGACAAGGACUUGCACCUCAACCAAGAUGUUGCCAUGGAGACGCUGGCCCGGCUCCAGAACAACGUCAGCACCGCCGUCUCCUACCUCAUGUCGUUCAUCAGCGGCAGCUGGCGCAGCCCUGAGCAGAUGGAGGCGCAAGCGGGCCACAUCCAAGGGGCAGCCGAGAGCAUCAAAGGGGCACUCAGGGAACUGCUGGAAUUUGCACGCGGCGCCGUGAGCAGUGCUGCCCAGGCCUCAGACCGCUCCCUCUACUCGAAGCUCAGCAAGCAGGUGCAGAAGAUGGAGGAGGUGUACCAGGCGCUGCUGCGCCACACCCAGGCCUUGGACAGCUGCGGCUGGGCCCCCAGUGCCCUCGUGCCCAGCAAGCUGGGUGGCCCAGACGACCUCGAGCAUUUGGUCAUGUACUCGCGGGGGGUGCCCGAUGACACCAAACAGUUGGCCUCCUUCCUGCAUGGCAAUGCCUCCUUGCUCUUCAAACGGACCAAGGCUCCCCCGGCCUCCUUGGGGGACGGCAGCCUCACCCACAGUGCCCCGACUGACAAGGCAAGCAGCAUCCAGUCCCGGCCCUUGCCCUCUCCGCCCAAGUUCCUGGCCCAGGACUCGCCAGAAGGGCAGUACGAGAACAGCGAGGGCGGCUGGUUGGAAGACUAUGACUACGUCCACCUCCAGGGAAAGGAAGAGUUUGAGAAGACCCAGAAGGAACUGCUUGAGAGAGGCAACAUCAUCCGGCAAGGGAAGGGGCAGCUGGAGCAGCAGCAGCUGAAGCAGUUUGAGCGUCUGGAGCAGGAAGUCACGCGGCCGAUCGACAACGACCUGUCCAGCUGGACGCCGCCACAACACUACACCCACGUGCGGGGGGGUGGCACGGCCCUGUGCCCCUCUGACCGGCAGCUGCUACUCUUCUACCUGGAGCAGUGCGAAGCCAACUUCACCACGCUGACCAAUGCUGUGGACGCCUUAUUCACGGCUGUGAGCGCCAACCAGCCGCCCAAGAUCUUUGUGGCGCACAGCAAGUUUGUCAUCCUGAGCGCCCACAAGCUGGUCUUCAUCGGGGACACUCUCUCGCGCCAGGCCAAGGCCCAGGACGUGCGCCACAAGGUCACCCACUACAGCAACCUGCUUUGCGACAUGCUCAAGGAGAUUGUCGCCACCACCAAGGCGGCUGCUCUCCAGUACCCGUCUCCGGCGGCCGCCAAGGACAUGGUGGAGCGGGUCCACGAGCUGGCAAACAGCACGCAGCAGUUCCGGAUGGUGCUAGGGCAACUCGCGGCCAUGUGAAGGGCCCCUCGGCCUUGGAUGGGGAAGAGGCCUGUCGAGGAGGCUUCCCCAGGAACGGACGGUAAACACUUCACCAGACUCUCCUGCUGAAGGAACUCUACCGGGGGAGGGCCAGGGGGGUUGGCUGGCUGGCUGCUCCCUCCCCCACCCCCUCUGUAGACACUGACUUUUUUGCCAGCAGGUCCCAGAAGUCCAACGUGGGCCCUGUCCUGCUGGGGCCAACAAGGGAGGAUAUUUACGGCCCUGAUGGCAGCUGGGGAGGGGAACAGAAGGCAAAUAAUAAUUAUUUUCCCCCUGUUUGAUUCUGAAAUGGUGUGGCUAAUGAGCACUAUUUAAAUCAAAUAAAGAGACAUAGAAUCCAAGCAAUUAGGGGGCAAGGGAGAAAGACGGGUGUCUGUG